UUUUACCACACAUUUCUACGCAAUUGGCUAUCGAAUUCUGUACUCGCGAUUUUGUAUAUUUAUAAGGUUUCCCUGUGAGGUGUUGCAUCAGUUUUACAUUAACAUAUUCGAACAGAGAUAUUAGGUUUUAUUUCACAACAUGGAACACCUAAAGGCAGGAGCCAUGAUGGUUCAGAAGAGAAAUGGCAUCACAGGGAAACACUUAUACAAAUGGCGAUGGUUUGUCCUCACCGCAUACUCACUCACACAUUUCAGAGGCAAAACCGAUGCACAGCACAGAUGCAAAUCUAUUCCCAUUGCAUCCAUCACUAAUAUUGAGAUGAUCACAGCAUCCGUCACACAUCCGCAUAUGAUCCGAAUUUCUUAUAAGCACGGAUUCGACGACUCAAUUGUGUUAGCGAUUAGGUCGCUGUCGGAACGUGAAGAAUGGCUGGAUGCAAUACACGAAGUGGCGGCGCAGCGCUUAGUGAUUGGUCCUGGUGAUCAACUGAUCCCGUCAGCACUCGCACGUAAGUUGGGCAGUCAAAGCUACACAGAUUUUUUGGAAGAUAUUGGUAUCGGUGGUGGUUCCAUGGAUGACAUUGGCGGUCAUGCUGGGACGAAGCAAAACUUUGCACCCGAUGUCGAUACUCUUUCUGUUAUCGAGUCUUCAGAGGGAGAAGGAAGUGAAGACACCGAUGAGCUGAGCGCCUCUUUUGGUGGUCUGCCAUCAUUUUCUGUAAUUGACAGUGAAGGAUUACUCACACCACAUGACAAAGAAAAGCAGGCAGAUGGCAGCGAUUCGACUCAUGUGAAGAAACGCAAGCCCAACAUUAGACAGCCUUCUACUCGAUUGUCUACAAAUGUGGGACCAUCGGGUUCUAAUCGAAAGAGUGUAUUCGUUGACGACUUAAAGCGAUUGACUAACAGCAAUGUUCGAUUGUCGACAUUUGGCGAUAAUCUGGCAUUCUCAAACAAUCGUAAUUCGCACACAUUAUUCUCGUUCACUCAGCAGUAGACUAUACACUUCUGUGUGUCCGUUGGGAAGUGAAAGCAAACUACUCACCGCGGCAAGAGGGUACCAAAUGAUAUACUAUGGAUAGUAUAAUUCCAACAAAGAUGACCAUGACGAGUACGCUGGUAGUACGUAAAUAAUAGCAUGGCGAACCCACCUUCAAUGCGGGGUUCCAAAUAACAGUUUGAUACAUAAAAGGUACACAUCCGAGUAUUCCUGGCCGCGGUUGCGUUUCGCUAUAGCAGAUAAAGAAUGAGGAUGUUUGGCAUCAUAUAUUGAUCAGUUGGCAGGGCAUUAUACUGACGAUGACAGCGUAUAGUAAUGCAGAAUCACGAGUUAUGUCUGGACAGCACAAUAAUAAUCACAUCGAUUGAACCACAGUAUAAAAAUGAACCACAAAAUAUGCAAUACCACAGUAUAAAUAAGCGUAACAAAAUAUGCACCGCAGUAUCAUAAAGCCAGAAAUAGAGCAAUAAUAAGCACCGCAGUACGCAGUAUAACAGAUAUGCACAACAGUAUAGCAAAGUCAAUAAUAAAAUAUAAA